AUGAGUAUACAGAGGUUGCCUAGGGCAGUUUCGGCGACAAUUGUCUCUACCAGCUCUGUGCAAUCGCAGGUAUCAGUGUUGAAAGAGCUCAUCGAAAACGCAAUUGAUGCUAUCGGAAGCAAGAACCAAGGUCAAAUAUACGUAGAAAUAGACAAAGAAUCUGCAGGAUUGGAUUUUCUGUCAGUAAAGGACAAUGGAUCUGGAAUUGAGAAAGCAGAUCGAAACGUAAUGUGCAUGAACUGCACCACUUCCAAGAUGACAUCAAUGGAUCAACUCUCGGCUGGUGUUUUCACAUGUGGUUUUAGAGGAGAGGCUCUCAACUUCAUUGCACAUCUGGCCAGCACCAUGCAGAUUAGCACAAAAACAAACUCAGAUGUCACGAUGGAAACGUGGUCAGUCAAAAAUUCCGGCCUGCCGAAAGCAGGUUCAAAAAUGUCCCCUGGAUCUGUUGGGACAACUGUUAAGGUUAUUGGACUGUUCAAAGAAACGCCAGUUCGGUACAAAUAUCUAAAAGAAAAAAAGGCAAAACUGUUAAAGAACAUGGAGCAUUUGAUCACAGAAUUUGCGCUGAUAUACCGAGAUAUUAGGUUUCAGCUGCGUUAUGUGAAGCUGCUUCCCAACGGGAGAAUAGUCAACGGCGAUUGCAAAUCGUAUCCUCAUAAGAUACCGCCCAUUCAAGCACUACAAGACAUGCUGGAAAUUAGAAAGAGAGGUUGGUUGUUUGAAAAAAAAUUUGACUUCAAUGUGAAAGACGGGUUAAGCAACAGUUUCGCUGUUAACGUCACCGUAGUGCUGCCCAAGAUGAGGGCUCAAGAUAUUCCAAGCACAAAAAAUAGCUUCAAGCUUCUUUCGGUAAACUAUCGACCUCUGGACCUAUCUUUAAAACUGGGUAAGCUUGUUUCUGUCAAGAUUAAUGAAUCAUAUUCAGAAAACAUGCUGCUUGCUCCUACAGUUUGGUUUGUGUCUAUAUCAAUUCCACUAGAUAAGGUUGAUGUCAAUAUAGAGCCGGAAAAAUGUGACAUGAUUGUUUGCAAUGAAGAGCAUUUUAUUGAGGAGUUCAAACAACAUCUUUCACAGGUUAUUGCCGACGAGCAUGCGACAAAAGUUGAAACCGUGAUUAAUUCUAACGCUGAUGAGAGGUUAGGGAAUUUUCAAAUUCCGCCGCUUCUCACCAAACGGAAAGCAAACCACCUCUUCAGUGAAACUUGUUCUAUAAACUCACAAUUAAAGGAGAACACUGCGACGGAUAAUAAUACCAGUGUGCAAUCUCCAAAUGAAAUUGAAAAUCUGCUAGGACCGAAUGAUGAAUCUUUCGUUCAGGAGCUGGACUCGACAUCAAGGCAGAUAAAAAACCCUUAUUGUGAUGGAAAUAAUAAUGUCCCCAUUCAUUCAAUCAAUGUAGACCCUACUAAUGAAGCUUUAUUUGUCCCCCAAGCAGACGAAACAGUGGAUCUCGACAAUGAAUGGUCGAGUACGAUAUGUGAUACCACCAGAUUUUCUUCAGAGAUGGAUAUUGCUGAUGAUAUUGUCACAGUCCAUGAAAAAUGUGCUGACACGAUCAAUCCAUAUAUUCUUUUGGUCUCGGAACCUGUGAAUCCAGAAACUGAAUCUGACCAUGUCUCAUACAAAUUCGACACAGCAGCUGAAGGUAGCGUUUCAAAUACUUCAACAGACGCCAGUUUAUCCGCUAACAAGAAGCCAAUAGCUACUAUCUCUGAUGGAAAGAUCAAGAAUGUUACUGUUGAUCAAAGUAACGCAACAAAGCAGAAAUUCCUCAAGCAAAUGCCAGUUUCCUCCUACCUUACGUAUCAUUUGAGCCCAUCGAAGAAACGAGUCUUGGUUGAUCCUAGGCAAAAGGUUUUUAGGAUUGGGGACUUAUCUCAAGACACAUUUGGAGAGAAAAUGGAUGUUGCAUUUCAAUUGACUUUAGAUAUGAAACGACGACACCGUUUUUUGGUAAAUGAUGAAAGAUGGGUCAAACGCUCGGGAAUUCCUUCAACCGAUCUAGCUUUAGGUGCUGUCGAACUGUAUGAGAGAAUUUCCCACAGACCGACCGAUAAACUGCCGAAACUCGAUGAAUCUGAUUACAAAUUCUAA